GCAAUUCGGGUCACGUGAUGUGACGCAUUGCGAUCACUGUGGCUUAUAUAGGCAAACUAUUAUGACUUAUACUUACCGUGGUCGUGUCCUUUCUGUACAUUGUCAUUUCCGAGAAGUGGCUGAAACGACGAUGAGCUAAAUCCGUGAGUAAUGUUCUGGGGCUACUUGGACUUGCUUAUCCACUAGAUGAAGGGUUAUCAACAUGAGUUAAUGGAUUGUCCCUAAGUGCACGGAAGAUGGAUAAUAAUACAACUGAGGCUAAUACUACUGCUGCGGCCGACGACAGCACCACCAUCGCUGAUGUUACCAGUCAAUUGCCCAUCAGCACCAGUACACUUAACUCGACACCUGUCUCAACAGAACCCAACAGCCCGUUGUUAAUUGCCUGUACGGUCAGUGGAUCAGUUGCCCUGGUAAUCAUUAUCCUUGCAGUCUGCCUUUGCUACAGGAGGUAUCGACGGAAGGGUUCACGACCUAGAUUACCAUUGCCAAGUUUGGAAGUCUGCGACACCCGGCAUUCUCUGCACGACGAUGGAACCAGAUCUAAUGCUAGCAAUGAAGAAAGACUCUUCGGCCAUGGACGCUACGGUGGGAAUACUCAGUCUGGUGAUGCAGACGCUCAGUUGUAUGAGAAUACCACCCAACGAAAGAAGAAUUCUCCCACUCCCCCCACCCCGUGCCUCACUCCUCACUACUACAAUGUCAGAAACAACGGUCGCAAAAAGCCAACCAUUAAACCAAAGCCUCGUCUCAUUUUAGGGCCUUCUAAGAACGGAGGUUUUGCCAAGAAAGCUCAACCGAUUGGCCAGAUGUCACCAGGACAGCCAUCUUACAUAGACAUUUUGCCAGACAGUGACAGCGGUGAGUUUGGUCAGGCUUACAGCUAUGUGCCCACCCAGUGGCCACCAGGGGGCAAUACACCUAGACCUGCGCCACCCACGAGGCAAACAAGUGAAUGUUCCAUGAACUACUAUAACAUGCCGACCGAUUCCUCAUAUCAAAACGUGGAGACGAAAUUCCAAUCGUGAAAAAAAAAAUGUUCCAAAAUUCCAUUUGUUCAUCGUUCAAUUUAGACUAUUCAUAUACUUUGUGGAAAAUGUCGCGUGGAAAGGGCUAUGAAAUGAACUGCAAAGUGAAAUGCCCAUUAAGGAGCACUAUUGGCGUUUGUGCGCCAGACAGACCACGUGAAUCGGAAAUUCUCGUUUACAGUGCAGAUCUCGCGUGAUAAUGUGUGAAAAGCUAAGCCAGCACCUAACACCAUAUGCCUGGAAAAUGCAUGGUCAGUAGGACAAUUGGGAUGGUCGCUCCACAUUUCCCGAAUAAGUCGGUUCUAAGUGGUGAAAACAAACAUCAUUCUAUGAUAUUACGUCGCAGUGCUUGUGAACUACGUAUGUGCUUUAUGAGGAACCUAUACAGAAACAGUGAAAAGAGCAAUAGUCUACCACCUAGACGGGCUUUCAGGCGGGCUUUUGGUACCCAGUCAUGUUUAUGUUGGAUUCGCUGUUCUGAAAUACAUCGUAAGAGAUCAACUUGCCACAAGGGAUCGCACACUGGUACCGUAUCCAUCGGCUCCAGGAAUUUUCAGAUCCGAGGUUUGGUGAGGUUCUCGUUGAUAGGAACAUUGUGAGAAUGUUAUCUGGUUUUGGUUGAUCUUGGAACCUGGUGACAAAGGGAUCUCUGGUGAAUUUACAUUGUGUCAAAUCUGAACGUGGAUCAUUGUGUAAAUAUCCACUGUCAAACUAAACUGUGCUCAAAGUUUUCAAGUUUGUGAGAUUAUUUGUGCUUAUAAUUUUACAAAUCCAUAUGGAUCCUGAUCAAAACGUAUCCAAAGUCCAAUCAGUGUGAGACCAAAUUGUGUUCUACUUAUACUAUUCCACUAUGACGUCAGAUGAAUCUGUGGUUAUAGAACAUCUACAGGAUGUAGGAUAAAACUGUGCUCCAUUAUGAAAUAUUCACAACGAGUUGGUUGAAAGUGGGAUAAUUGUGAAAUGCUUAUAGAGAGUCGAAUGAAACUGUGCUUAGUUGUGAAGUGCCUACAUGGAGUAGGAUGAAUCUGUGCUCUUUUAUGAAAUACCCACAGGGAGUAGGAUGAAACUGUAAUCAAUCGUGAAAUACUAACAGAGAGAAGGAUGAAACUGUGUUCAAUCGUGAAAAACUAACAGGGAGUAUGAUGAAACUGUGCUCAGUCGUGAAAUGCUAACAGAGAGCAGGAUGAAACUGUGCUAAAUUGUGAAAUACUCACAGAGAGUAGGAUGAAACUGUGCCAAAUUGGGAAAUACCCACAAGGAGUAGAAUGAAAUUGUGCUCAGUUGUGAAAUAUCCACAGGGAGUAGGAUGAAACUGUGCUCAAUCGUGAAAUACUAACAGAGAGUAGGAUGAAACUGUGCUAAAUUGUGAAAUACUCACAGAGAGUAGAAUGAAUCUGUGCUCAGCUGUGAAAUACCCACAGAGAGUAGGAUGAAACUCAGUUGUGAAAUACACACAGGGAGUAGGAUGAAACUGUGCUAAAUUGUGAAAUACCCACAGGGAGUAGGAUGACACUGUGCUCAGUUGUGAAAUACACACAGGGAGUAGGAUGAAUCUGUGCUCAGCUGUGAAAUACCCACAGAGAGUAGGAUGAAACUCAGUUGUGAAAUACACACAGGGAGUAGGAUGAAACUGUGCUAAAUUGUGAAAUACCCACAGAGAGUAGGAUGAAACUGUGCUCAGUUGUGAAAUACACACAGGGAGUAGGAUGAAUCUGUGCUCAGCUGUGAAAUACCCACAGAGAGUAGGAUGAAACUCAGUUGUGAAAUACACACAGGGAGUAGGAUGAAACUGUGCUAAAUUGUGAAAUACCCACAGAGAGUAGGAUGAAACUGUGCUCAGUUGUGAAAUACACACAGGGAGUAGGAUGAAUCUGUGCUCAGCUGUGAAAUACCCACAGAACUGUACUCAUGUGUUAAAUACCCAUAAGGAGUAGGAUGAAUCUGUGAUCACUUGGAAAAAAAUCGCCAAGAAAUCGAAUUAAACUGUGUUCAGUUGUGAAAUACCCACAAAGAGUAGGAUGAAACUCAAUUGUGAAAUACCCACAGGGAGUAGAAUGAAACUGUGCUCAAUGGUGAAAUACACACAGAUCUGUGCUCAGUUGUGAAAUAUCCACAAGGUGUAGGAUGAAACUGUUCUUAUAAUCCACGUGGAGUCGGAUCAAAAGGAGUUUAACGUGUAUGUUUACUGUGUUCAAUUAAGUCUGAAACUGGCAAUGGCCCUAAAUCAAUUUAUGUCCUUUAUAACAAAUGUGUAAGGACAGUUUCAAAGCAAAAGAAAACAAAACAAUAAACUGAACUUCCUCGGCAAACCCUCUGAAAAUUAUAUAAAAAGAUACUUUUACUUUUUUUUAGAAUUUUCUUUAACGUGAAUUAAGUGCUGCCAAAUGUUUAAAUUCUAAGGCGGGAUUCAUGGAUCUAUUCGUUCACUGGUCUUUAAAACGCGUUUUUGGUAUCAUACGUUUUGUUUUCAACAACACAGUUUUGGCGUAAAGGGUUUUGGUAUAACACAUUUUUGACAUAACACGUUAAUGUGCACGAGUACACAUUAUACUACUAAACUUCGCUAGAAUGCUUUUAACGGUGAAAAUAAAAAUUAAAAAAGCUGGCAUUACUGGCAUCCAAGACGUAUUUUUGUCGUAUUUUUUGUUCCCUUUCGCCUUACAUUCAGAAAGCAUUACAUUUCACAGGAGACUGAGCGCUUCAAUAGGCAUAAUGUCACUACAUAGUAAUUAGAUUCGCUCGGCCUAACUUCAGCAUUGUGGAACCAUGUCCAGAUCAAAACCUCGAUUUGCGUGGAUUUCGUAACCAGUCUGACGUGUAUUUCAUUAUCAUGCUCUGCCAGACCCCUCUUCACAAGAUGAUGUCAGUUCUUAGAUUCUUAAUUCGUUAGGUGACAACUGAUGUGUUUCGAAUGAACUCAAAUGCUUCAAUCAGUCAAGGGAGCUAACUGUACCUGUGAUUGUGCUUGUUACUACAAGCUUCUGUGAAGUUCGUUGGCGUUUAUGGUGGGAUGGACAAGGCCGGUUUGUGUGUGUCUUACAUUCUCAAAUAUAUACUUAUGUAGCUUUGAUUACGAACAGAAAUACGUCUGAAGUGAAAAGACGAAACUGUACACAGGCGCCAAAGAUCAUGGGCAUAUGAACAUUGGUACGGAGAUGACGUCUAAAAAACAAUAAAGAAGUUAACUUUUAUUACAGAUACCAUUUAUUAAUUGAUACCAUUGAUGGCGGACGACAAUGAUGUUGUUAUUUUUGUAUAAUUAUUAUUGUAAUUACUAAUAUUUUUAUUUUUAUUACUUGGUUUUACUUUUAUUUACUGUCGUUGUACAAAAAUGUUUUCUGUAUUUACUACAGAAUAGCCGGAAACUGCA